AUACGCACAGAAAAGGAAAAUAGCGUGUUUCAUAUAUUUCACACUAUAUAACAGAGAAAAAAACGCUAAAAAGAAAAAAAAUUUCUAAAGAAAAGAAAUGAUUUUUGUCGCAGUUCUAAUAAAAAAAAGGAAGAAUAAAAGAUGUUACAUGAAUUGUGUCAAUGGGGGUAAGAUGCCGCUAAUGCAAAAGCUCCAAAAGUUUUUUUCGAAUUUCACAUUUAGGCGAUCUUGAAGAUUUUGAUAAAGAAGGCAGAGGUGGCAAACACACAUCUAGCCUGUAUGAUACUUGCCCGAACUUCAAGAUGCUGCCAAGCUCGUCACUUUAGAACGUUGUUCGCGUGCAAGCGUAGACUUUACCGUUCACGAUGUAGCAAGUUAUAUUGAUGAAAAAUAUUAUGAGUUAACAGACACGCGCUGGGGUGCAAAAUAUGACAGAAAUUCACAACGAGCAUAUUUUGAAGGUCACGAACGUGUCGACGUUGUUGAACACGGAUCAAAUUACACAGAUUAUUUUCUUGGUCGCAAAGGGCAUUACUAUACACUUACCGAUGGUGAUAAUCCAACAUGGAUAAAUCCCACGCUAAGUUCCCCCUGUGUUCUUUUUUUUCACGAUGAGAGUCCAUUUUUGAGUGUCACUGAACAAGAAUAUGAACAUGCUGCAGCGGAAUUCCCAGAACUGGAAGAUACAACAGAAUUAAUUAUGUAG